AUGGGCGGAGAAGCUCCCAAGCAUGCUCCAGUUUACCCUCUCCUCGCCGAACGCCCCGUCGGCCAACACAUUACCUCCAUCUACAAAGACCGUCUACGCCAAUUCACAGCAACAGGCCAGUACCAGGGCCAUAACCUGCUAGACAAGUUCUUCUUUGCUCUGAAUGACGAUGAGAAAUAUGUCAGGCUUUGGGUGUACUCCGUCCCAAACCUAGAGAGACCGUCUUUCAAGGAUGCCGUCAAGAACGAGUUCAAACCUACCCGUAGAGGAACCUCAUUCGGCCCUAGCUGGUCGACUCACUGGUUCAGAAUCCAGCUCACCGUCCCAGAGUACAUGAAGAAAUAUGACCACCUGGAGUUCCAUUGGAACGCCGGCAACGAGGGCAUGGUUUGGACGGAGGAUGGCCGUCCAUUGCAAGGUCUUAGUGGCGGAGAUAGAACCGAGUGGAUCAUCCCAAAGGACUUUAGGAAUGGUGCACCGCACAUCUUCUAUAUAGAGAUGGCGUGCAAUGGCUUAUUUGGUAACUCUGACGGCGACCUCAUCAAGCCUCCAAUCCCAGACAAGUACUACCAACUCACCUCGGCAAAGAUCGUGGCAGUCAAUCUACAGGCAAGAGCUUUGAAUUAUGACUUUUGGCAGAUUGGAGAUGCUGCUCGAGAGUUCCCUUCUGAUUCAUGGCAGGCUCACAAGGCCCUGAUUGUCGGGAAUGCCAUGAUGGAUGCCUUUAUCGAAGGAAACGGGAGCCAAGAGUCUAUUAUAAAUGCACGCAAGGUUGCCCAGGAGUAUAUCGGCACCAAGGUCGAUUCCCCCGAUGUCUACAAGACAGAAGGCAAACCCAUCGUCUUUGCAACGGGCCACUGCCAUAUAGACACAUGUUGGCUGUGGCCGUUCGCUGAAACAAAGCGAAAAGUAGCUAGGUCCUGGUCGACCCAGUGUGACUUGAUGGAACGAUACCCAGAAUUCAGAUUUACUUGCUCGUCAGCCCAGCAGUUCAAGUGGCUUGAAGAAGGAUACCCGUAUGCCUUUGAUCGGGUCAAGGAGUGGGUGAAGAAGGGUUCCUUCCAACCCAUCGGUGGCAGCUGGGUCGAACAUGACACCAACUUGCCCAGCGGUGAAUCGCUUGUUCGUCAGUUUUUAUACGGCCAGAGGUACUUUGAGAGCCGUUUUGGUGAACGAUGCACUACAUUCUGGCUACCUGACACUUUCGGGUACUCGUCUCAAAUUCCUCAGCUCUGCCGUCUAGCUGGGAUGACCAGAUUCUUCACCCAGAAACUCAGCUGGAACAAUAUCAACACCUUCCCACACACCACGUUUAACUGGGUAGCCCUUGACGGCAGCCAGGUUAUCUGCCACAUGCCUCCAUCAGAGACCUAUACUGCUGAAGCCCAUUUCGGUGAUGUUAAGCGCAGUAUCACCCAGCAUAAGUCUAUGGACCAGGAUAACACCUCCCUCCUUGUCUUUGGAAAGGGUGAUGGCGGUGGUGGGCCAACUUUUGAGCAUAUCGAGAAGCUCCGUCGACAGAGAGGUAUGAGUGACACUGUUGGCCUCCUUCCGCGAGUUACCAUCGGGAGCUCGGUCGAUGACUUCUUUGCAACGCUCGAAAAGAAGGCUAUGGAGGGAACCGAGUUCAUAACCUGGUAUGGAGAGCUGUACUUUGAGCUUCACCGCGGAACUUAUACCACUCAAUCCAAUAAUAAACGAAAUAACCGCAAGGGAGAGUUCCUUCUCCGCGAGGUUGAGCUCCUUGCGACUCUAGCCUCCCUAAAGAGUUCCUCGUAUAAAUACCCCAAGAAGGAUAUCGACGAUAUGUGGGAGCCUGUUUUGCUCUGCCAAUUCCAUGAUUGCCUUCCCGGUAGUGCAAUUCGACUCUGUUAUGAUGAGUCCGAUGCCUUCUAUGCCGGAGUUUUCAAAACUGCGGCAAAGGUGAGAGAGGAAGCAAUGAAAGCCCUUGGUUUCCAGAGUAAGAGCCCCGGCUCCGAAGGCAAACUCGUCGCCUUGAAUACCUUGCCCUGGCCCCGUUGUGAGAUCGUCAAAAUGGACAACCCAGAAGCCUCUUCAGGUUCUCCCCAGUACGCCCUCGUGAGCGGAGAUACCGGAGUAAUGACUGUUGAACCACUAAGCUCUACUCAGUCAACUUCCCUUUCCGUCAAGGAAGUAGAUGCUGGAGUUUUCGAACUCCGCAACGACAGCCUAGUAAUCAAGGUCGAAAAGGGCGUGAUCACCUCUCUCUUUGACUUGCGGGUGAACCGAGAAGUCAUCGCGAAAGGAGGGAAGGCAAACCAGUUCGUUAUCUUCGAUGACAAACCAUUAUACUGGCAGGCUUGGGAUGUUGAAGUCUACCACCUUGACUCACGAAAGGAGUUGACCUCUACGGAGACCAAGAUUGCAGAACAGUCUCCACAUCGGGUCAGCGUUGUCACUGAGACCAAGAUUAGCGACCAGAGUUGGGUCAAGACGACAAUCAGCCUUUCUGCAGAAACUAAGGAUAGCAUGCCAAUGGUCGAAAUGGACUGUGAGGUCGAAUGGCAAGAGACCAUGAGGUUCCUCAAAGUCGAAUUCCCUGUUGACAUUCGAAACACCGAGGCAUCCUAUGAGAGCCAGUAUGGUAUCAACAGACGCCCAACCCACUACAACACAACCUGGGACAUGGCCAAGUUUGAAGUAUGCUGCCACAAAUGGGCUGAUCUCUCCGAGAGCGGAUACGGAGUUUCAAUUCUCAAUGACUCCAAAUAUGGGUUCGCAACCGCUGGUAACUUGAUGCGACUCUCUCUCGUCCGCGCCCCGAAGGCCCCAGACAGCACUGCAGAUAUCGGUCGUCACCAUAUCCGCUACGCCAUCCUGCCGCACCCCGGGCCCCUAGACUACCGCAUCGUUCGUGCGGGUUACAAUUUCAACCACCCGUUGACUCUGGAAGCUGCCUCGGGGCCAGACACCCUUGAUACCUUCCAUGCCGUCCGACUGGUCGAUGCAACGCCAGCUCUUGUCCUAGAUGCCGUGAAGCGCGGCGAGGACGACGAGGACGUCUCCCGCGGCGAGCUUCCACACCGUGCAGGACGGAGUGUUAUCGUGCGCAUCUUCGACUCCAUGGGAGGACGAAGCACUGGCACGCUCGAGACGUCAUUGAAUGUUAAGAAGGUAUUCAAAUGUAACCUCCUUGAAGACGAUCUGGAAGAGCUGCCGAUCGAGGGAUCCGGACCUUCGCGUGUUAAGAUUGAAUUGAGAGCCUUUGAAGUUGCAACUUACAGGCUUCAGCUUUAG